AUGGGAUGCGCGACGAAGAAUGCAAAGGUGGUCGCCAUAUCCCUGGGCUCGCUCCAGCGCCUUAUUGCUCUCAAAGCCGUCCCGCAAUCCGCGGUCCCAGUAAUUAUCAAUACCAUGAACGACUGCAUGAACCAGGGCGUGGAUAUCCAGCUACGCAUUCUCCAGACGCUUCUCUCGCUCAUUACCAACCUCCCUGCUGUCCACGGUCAACUGCUGGGAGACGCUCUACUCUUGUGUUUUAGGCUGCAGGAGUCGCGCAUUGCGGUAGUAUCCUCGACCGCUGCGGCUACUCUGCGUCAACUAGUCAUGUUUGUUGUCGACAAAGUUGUCGACGAGGAUCGACGAGACGAGGUCGAUGUCAGCGCCAUGGUUGAGACGACCCUGCCGAACGGCGAGAAUAAGGCGCUCGGACCUUCGGCUUAUGAUGCAUACGCCGUUUUUGAAGAUCUAUGUCUCUUGGCGAAUGCAGAGCGCCCGCGAUUCCUGAAACUGGAUGUGCUGCGCAAGACAUUCGCGCUUGAGCUUAUUGAAAGUGUCUUGACGAAUUAUCACGAUCUUUUCCGGAAGCACACAGAACUUUUGUUACUCCUUCAACAUCACCUGUCACCACUCCUGCUUAAAGGUCUGUCCGACCGGCCGAAUUUUCCACUAACAUUACGUUCGACACGUGUUGUAUUCCUGCUGUUGAAGCAAUUCUCCCUGGAGCUCAAGACCGAGUCUGAGGUGUUUCUUACACUCCUGAUUAAGAUCGUAGGCACCGAAGGAAGCGACAAUGAUGUUACUGACAAUGCACAUCCCCAUGCACCUCGUCCGCUGUGGAUGCGAGUACUUGCCAUGGAGAUCAUGCGAGGCGAUUCUGAACUGAUGCGGAAUGUAUGGGACCGAUACGAUGCUGAGGAAAGCGGCUCGAAGGUGUUCACGUCGCUCAUCGCUGCACUGAAGCGACUCGUCACCGAAAAGCCUGCCCUGCUCGGAGUCUGUGCGCAGAUGUUCGGUGUUGGGGUUCCAACGAGCACCGGGUCCUCGUCGGAUCUGAGCUCUUAUGGGCUCGAUGUAGGUGGGGUCGCAGGGAUGGUGGCCACCGCUGCGAGUGCGACGGUCUCCGGUGUUGCGAGCAUGAUUGGACCCGAGGUAGGACUCAGCCUGCAAGGAUCGUCCAUGAAGCUGCAAUGUAUCGACCAGUUGGACAAGGCGGACUCUCCCAUCAUCCCGGAGUCGUACCUUUACUUACUUGGCGUACAAUGUCUCGUCGCGCUAUGCGAGGGUUUCGCCUCGUUCACUGGACCCUUGUACAACUCACUCAUGAUCCAGCGUCCGCGGUCUGCGGGAGAGCCCGUCGUGCGUGCCCCGCCUGCGCUCGAGCUGUCGAAUCUCCCGCCCAACGAGCUUAACACGAAGCAACUGAUGACGGUACAUGACAUGAUCGAAAGCGGAUGGCCCGCCCUGCUUGCCGCGCUUUCGUUUUUGAUCUCCACUAACCUCUCCGACGAGCUCUUUGUGGACGUACUAGCAAGCUAUCAGGCGCUGACGACUGUCGCGGGCAUGCUCGGACUUUCGACCCCACGCGACGCGUUCUUCACCAGCCUCGCUAAGCUGGCUAUUCCUGCACGUGUGGUGUCCAGCCUCCAUUCUUACUCGCAUGCUCCCAUCCAUGCAGAGCCCAUCACGCCUCGCAGCGCAGCGAGUACGUUCUCGGAAAACUUAGGUUUGUCACUCGCUGGCUCUGCAUCAUCCCAAACUCCUGGUCUCUCGGAGCGGAACAUGGCCUGCUUGAAGGUCCUCGUCACGAGCGCUUUGUUCCUGGCCGGCAGCCUAGACGAAAGCUGGUUUAACAUACUUGAGGCUCUGCAAAAUGCCGACUAUGUGCUCACUGUCAGGGGCACGCGACAGCCCGCUGCUAAACGCAAUACACUAGGACCGGGUAGCGCACCUCCUAGUCGCGUAGCAUCAAUGAGCUCCCAAUCUCCCCCUCAGUUGGGCAGUGGUCCAAGCGCUUCCGCAUCCCCGCAAUCACAAGGCAGACAUCCGCUGUUGGUCGAUCUCGACCCAGAUAGCAUGCUUCACGCUAUCCAACGCCUCUUCGACGCAUCCAAGAACCUCGAUGACGAUGCCUUCCAUCACUUUGUGACUUCUCUAUGCAAUUUGAGCGCAACCAUGAUCGUGAUGCAGUCAGAAGGCGGUGACCUAUCAACGUCUGUGUCAGCGUCCGUCGACGAACUUGUUACUAGCCCGAGCCUACUGCCACCCACAGAGCAAGCCCAUCGCCGGCGGGUCAGUGGUAUUCACUUGCCCCGUACUCUGCGUUCUGGCGAUUUUAGCAUAAGCAAACUCGGUGGCGUCGCUAUGCUAAACAUCCAUCGGCUCAUAUAUCGCUCAUCGGAUAUCGCGUGGGAUCCUAUUACUGGACAUCUUCUCGUCGUCAUCCGCAAUGCCGUGGCACCUGCACCAGUUCGGAUUCAAGCAGCACGUAUCUUAGACGAUAUUUUAGUAGUCGUACCCCGCAAUAUAUCGACGACGGGAGAACUUCAGCCCAAAGUCCAGAAACGUGUUUUGGACGUGCUCUCGCAGCAGGUCAUCCUUGAAGGGGUGCACAAUACCACGAGUAUUGAAGUACGCCGGAUGGGAUUUGAGACCCUCCAUCAGAUCCUGCAGGCUUCGGGACAUACACUCGUCGUGGGUUGGGAGACGAUCUUUGAGAUGCUUAGCAGCGUUUGCAGACCGAUGAUGCCCUCGUCAACGUCGCUUUCGGACAUUCCUGAGGCUUCUCCGGCCGUUGAAACGCCUCGCGGCAAGCCUCCACCUCUAGGAUACACUAAUGACAGAGGCCAAAACUCUCUUGUGAAGAUUGCCUUCCAAUCAUUGACUCUGGUCUGUGACUCCCUGUCCGCACUGUCGCCAGAGCACCUUCGUCUCUGCAUCAGCACAUUGGGCCUAUUCGGUCGGCAAGCAGAUACCAACAUUGCUCUAACGGCAGCAGAGAGUUUGCUCUGGGGAGUAUCCGAUUCAAUCCAGGCAAAACGCAAGGAUACUGAGAAGGAGCCCGAGUACAGUGCUCUGUGGAUGUUCUUGCUACUGGAGGUCUUGGGUCUCUGUACAGACGGUCGACCUGAAGUUCGCGUAGGCGCCAUACAGACCUUGUUUCGUACCCUUCAACUUUACGGAGCGACACUCAGCUUGGACACAUGGGAGGAAUGCAUGUGGAAGAUCACCUUCCCCCUGCUCGAUGCGACGACGGACGCCAUACGACGGACAGCCGCUGCCAGCCCUUCCGACGAGACCGACCCAAUGGAGGCACAGUGGGACGAGUCUAAGAUCCUUGCGCUCCAAUCCGUCGGCACGACCUUCAGCGAGUUCCUUCACUCCAAGAUCAUCCCUCUGGAGUCUUUCACGAAGGCGUGGGAUGUCUUUGUCGGACACAUACAAGAUGCAUGGCUACAUGAUAACCGCAGUGUCAGUGCUACUGCCCUACGCUGCCUUGACAAGGCUACAAGGGCGUUGGAAAAUACAGAGGGAAGCAGCGAGAAGACGACCGAGGCGCUGGAGAGAGUGUGGAAGGCCUGUGACGAGAUGGGCGCGGUCGUCUUUGCCAGACAAUCUACUGCCGCUGUCACUCAAGGGAAUCAGGCCAAGCUUGUCGUUAAGCCAUUCACGCAAGAGAGUCUCAUGGCAUACGUGGAUGUGCUUCGCACGACGCGGUCGGUCGACAAGAGCCAAAAUCAACGCGAGUGGCCUCUCGAACGACUUGAACGAGUAAUGAUAAUACUCAAAGGAGUCUUGACGUACUCGGAAUCUCCUGACUUUAGACCGGAUGUAGACAACCUCUCGCCUGUGCAGGGCGCGGUCAUGGAUGUUAUUGACAGCAUAGACCUCUCUAGCACGGGUGUCCCUUCCCUCGUUCUACGCGACCUGUCGGAAUAUGCGACCCUAGCAUUCGUGGCUGCGUUUGACAUUCCCGAUCCGGCAUCCACAGUGCGAUCGCCUCCGCCUGCAUCGGCAGCCCAUACACAGAAACGCGUCACAUACAUUGCGUUGUCCAAGAAGACUAUGCCAAUGCUCGUGGACCUUUACUUGCGGUUCAAGGACGAGAUGGCGAUAUAUGUCGACGGCACCCUGGAGCGACUGUUCUCUGCGUACGGGGUGCCGAUAAAGCUCAAGUACGAAUGCCCCGCGCCGUCAAAGUUCGGCAAGGACCUUCCGUUGUGGAAGUCCGCCACGACCUGCCUCUUGCGCAUCGUCAAGGAAUGCGGCCCUCCGAUGCAGACGCUCGGGGACGCCGACAGGCAAGAGGGCGUCUGGAGACAGGUCAUCGAGACCUUCCGCGGCGGCAUCCUGGCAGACUGCUCGGCAUCCGAGGGCCUCGCGCUAGAAGCGCAGGAGGCGGAGGAAAACUUCGAUCUGGCGCUGAUCGCCGCGCUCGAAAUCGACGUGGUCCCGUACCUGGGCGACACAUGCAUCCCGGACUACCUCGUGGUCCAGCUCGCCAAGAUCCUCCAGCAGGGCAGCCGCCUGCGCGACCCCGACUCGCAGCCGCACACGCCCGUGGGCGCCGGCCCCGCGAAGGACGACGCGCGGCUCUCGCAGGAGUACGAGAAGGUCGACAGGUUCGGCGACCCCGAGCCCGCGGAGGGGUCCACGGAGAGCGGCCGGGCCCGUCCGCGGGAACGCUUUGCGUACUGGUGCUUCGAUCUGCUGUUCUUGAUCUGCUCGGACACCGCUAAAGAUCGUGUGCCCUCGCGCCGGAGGGUGGCCGCGCUGAGCAUCCCGGCGCUGCUCGAGCGCUGCCGGGCGACCCUCGUCGGGUACGUCGCGGACGAGGCGUUGCGCGGCAGCCUGCCGUUCCCCAGGGCCCGCGAGGAAGAGCUCCUGUAUGUCCUGCAGCAGCUGCUCAAGCUGCAGCUCUGGCCCGGCGCGAUGUGGGCCGCGCUCUCGGGCGCGCCGUCCGCGCACGCACAGGAGCAGCCCGGUACGCCCCACGCGCCCUAUUUUCUCGUCGCGGACGCGGUGAAGCGCUCGCCCCGCGCGCACCUGUUCCACUUCUACCCCGUGUUCUGCGAGCUCGCGGCGAGCCCGCGGCGCGCGCCCGUCGCGUUCGCCAAGGCCAGCGGCAAGAACGGCGAGGUGAAUGGCAAGAAUGGCGAGAGCGACGGCGACGACGUCGAAAAGACGGCCGGCAGCGGGGAGAAGAAGGCUGCAGAGCUGGAUGCGCGCACGCUUGUGAAAGAGUGUUUGAAGCAAGUGGGGCGGGAGAUGGGCGUAGGACGGUGA